AUUGUAACCUUCCAUGGUGCGCGAUACUCUUACUUGUCCCUCUUUGUCCGGUGGCGAUAGAAGGCCAUGAUAAUUAUGGCAAAAUUUGCGUUUUUGAAUGAAUUAUAGUUGAAUGGUGGAUCAACAAGCAUACACCGAGUGAGGACUGGUUUGCUGGCAAUGACACACCAGAGAGUUUCAAUUUAAAGGACAGCAGAGCAAGCAACGGAGAAAGGGUACAGUUUGCUUCCAAGACAGUCUGCAAGAUGGCUAGCUAUCUUCAGUGGCAUGCUAACGUUAGCUAGUAAGCUAACGUUAGCAUAGUAAACAACAGUUUUCAAACAUGGUCGAUUGCUUUAUCUUAUAAAUGCUGUGAUAAGUGAAAUUGAAUGCACAUUUUCACAAAUGAAUGUAGAAAGAUAAGUCACAGUUUCGGUUAAUGUUCCGAUGUUGCGACUACUGGGUGAAAGCUCAACGCUGCUAGCAAGCCACAUUGAAUAACGUGGCUAGCUAGUUAGCCAAGGUAGUAACUAGCUUGCGUUAGCUAGCUGGUCGAGUUCUUUGCUACACAUCUGCAAGUGAUCAUUCAGAGAGAGAGGUGGGGUACCCUGUAACUUGUUUAUACUGACAGUCAAGCCAGGUAGCAAGCAACCAGUUUCAGUCAGCUAAGUUAGUAGAAACUGGCUUCAAACAAGACGAACCUAUGCUAAAUAACGUGAACAAGCGCCGUUUUGUCUUACGUUUAUUUGGUGACCAAAUCCCGGCGUGACAGACACGGAAAGAUUUGCAGCUGGAAAGGAGUUUGCAGACCUGGGCCGGCGUUUUAAUAUAAUCUAGUUACCAAUACGUGUUAGUUAUUCUUGUGAUGAUAACCAUUGUAGCGUUAUUGACAUGACCUGAAGGCAGAUUCCACCUACUCGGCUCAUAGCCUUCAAGACGUCGUCAUUUUUAACUUUUUUUUUCUUGCAUAUGAACGGUGAUAUGCAACUUCACCGACAGUCAUAUUAGCUAAUGGCUGCCGAAUCGGGGAGACUACUGGCGGGACAAGGAAAACGCAAAGCUUCACAGAUGAAGAGCCCAGAGAAGAAGAAGGCAAGGAAAUCCACCACUCAGGCGGCAGGGUUCUCCCACCUUACUGAGUUUGCACCCCCUCCUACCCCUAUGGUGGACCACUUGGUCGCCUCCAAUCCUUUUGACGAUGACUUUGGACCCCCAUCCAGACCUAGUGGGGCAGGAGGACCAGGUACUGCUCCAUUUCUUCCUAGCCCAGGCGCAGGUGGAGGAGGAGGAUAUGGUGGUGGAGGCAGAAUGGGUGGAGGCAUGGGCUUCAUGGGAGGCCCAGGAGGACCAGGUGGUGGCCAGCCUGGACGGAGGCCACCGUUCGGACCCCCUUCCAAUGCUGGGCCUCACCACCAGCUAGGCUUUGGAGGAAUGCCUGGCUUUGGUGGUGGUGGUGGAGGAGGCAGUGGAGGAGGAGGAGGAGGUGGUGGAUUCCCCCCUGGUGGCCCUUCUCAGUUCAACAUGCCACCUAACUUCAGUCCACCCAUGCACCCAGGGCCAGGUUUCAAUCCCAUGUUGUCUCCAGGUGGUAUGGGAGGUCCUGGUGGUGGAGGCCCGCCCCACCCUCGGUUUGGCAUACCUCCACAGCAGCAGCAUGGACAGAGUGGACACCCAUUCAACAGCCCGCCGUUACCUGGUGGUGGAGGCCCCAGAGGGCCCCCACAUGGCCCCCUGCCUCCCAUGGGAGGAGGCAUGGGUCCCGGAAUGAACAUGAUGGGUGGGAUGGGUGGUGGCCCCGGAGGCAACAUGGUGGGAGGCUUGCCAGGUAUGCCCCCUCAAGGACAGUUCCCUCCCUCACAGGAUGGUCCCUACCCUGGCCCCAGUCCCCCAGGACCAGGUAACGAGGAUGGAAAGAACUUUGGAGGAGGAGGAGCGCCGGCUGGACCUCAGCAGCAGCAACAGCAGCAGCAACAGCAGCAGCAACAGCUUAGCCUAAAUCCUAACGGCCCUCCCCCUAAUAAUACCACUCCUGGCCCACCUCCUAACUCCGGCCCACCACAGCCAGGGGGAGGCUUCCCUGGCCAUCCUGAUGUCCAGCAGUCCAAUGCCAACACAUCGGGUCAGCCUCCCUCAGCACCGCCCCAGCCUAACCCCAAUUCUUCACCUACUGGUCCCCUGAAUGGAUCAGGCCAGGCCCAGCAUCCACCACCCAGUCAGCUACAACCCCCUAGCAAUACAAACACCCCUAACUCUAACAGCUCUACCCAGCAGCAACAAUCCACCCCACCUAACUCUGCCCCUGGCUCCACCCCUUACAACCAGCAGAACAACACUCCAGGUGCUGGUGGUCCCAUGCCAAAUGCCGCCACCAAUUCAGGUCAGAACAGCAUGACCAACAACAAUGGUGGCAACACUCCCGGCAGCAACCCCAACCCCCCCUCUAACUCCACUUCCACCCCAAACACCCAGUCUCCCCUGCCCCCUGGCCCUGCUGCACCCUCAACUGGGCCUGGUUCUGGCCCUGGAAAACUUGGCAGCUCCGGGAUGGUCUUCCCUUGUGGCCUCUGUAUGGCAGAGGUGCAUGACGAUCAAGAUGCCAUCCUGUGUGAGGCAUCGUGCCAACGCUGGUUCCACCGUGACUGCACAGGCCUGACAGAGCCAGCGUACAGUCUGCUGACUCGAGAGAGCGCUGCUGUUUGGGCCUGUGACUUCUGCAUCAAGACCAAGGACAUCCAGGCUGUGUUUGUGCGCCAGGGAUUAGGCCAGCUGGUGGCAGCUAAUGAGAGUUGAGGAGUGGAUGACCGAGGAGCAGCGUGGAGGUGCUAUACGCAUAACGACAAAUAGAGACAUUCUUUGCUCUGAUCUAAUUGAAUGACCUGUGUGUCAUGUCAGCUACUUGCCCAACUUUCUCUUGACUAGCCCUUUACUUGUUCACUACACAGAGAAACACACUCAUUAACAUUCAUGCUUAUAUAUAGCACUUUGAGUGACUCUGGGCAAAUGCUUUUUCCUCCCCCCUCUAAAGGAGUCAAAUCAUGAUGAAUGUUAAACUACACAGUCCUUCAGACAUCUAGCCUGCCAACAAGCAACGCACUGACACCAACACACUACCUCACACACUUUGUGACUGACUGGCAUGGAGGUUUCCGCACUGACUGGCUGUGAUUGACUCACCACGCUCGUGCACCACACAAGUGUGAUGAUAUUUCAGACACACACACACACAAACAAACACAAACACCCUGAUUAAGCAGGGAAGGUAAUGUUGAAAAUUUCCCCUACUGUGUAUUGACAGAAUGACUCAAAGCAUCAUUGUUAUAUUCUGUUUUUUAAAUGAAAGCUGAUGUGAUAUAUCAAAUCUUCAAAAUUGAAAAAUUAAUUGUCUGAAAAUCUAAAAGGGAUUUGGGGGUCAUUUGUUGAUUCACAGCUUUAUUUGCCAUCAAAAUGCACCCUGCUAGCACUGCCCUAUCACAUUGUUAGCCUUUUUUUACUGCAAACAACUGGAAGACAAUAGAAAAAAUCAUCAGUAAACUGCAGUAUAACAUCUUUUAUCUUGUGGAACAUGUAUGACUGGGGAGAAAAAAAAAAAUGAAAAUAGAAGUGCUUUUGUCAGUUCUGUACACAUGCAUACAUAAACACACUUUGACCCUGUACUUCUUGGAUCAGUCAUUUUGUACCCAUCCAGUGCUGAUUAAUCCAAAGGAGACCUGGGUUUGAGAUUUCAUCAGCACCUCACAGAGAGCAUUUUACCAACAAAAUAGUUGUAAAUAUGAUGACAAAACAUUUGUCUGGAACUCCCAUCAGUUCCCACAGGGUUGACCAAUGAACAAAACAAUGAGUUGAACUAGUGUCUUGGUUGUAUACAGUAUGACAUUUUGGUUUUUAUACAGUUCAUUUGAGUCAGCUGUUUCUUUUUAUCUCUGCAGUACACAUGAAUUGUGAAAUCAGUGCUUUUUGGAUGGUGUUGGCAUAGCAAGUAGUGACAUCAUGUCAUAACAGAUGUGCAUAGUUCUUUAAAAAAAAAAAAAAGAAAGAAAAACAGGGGAGGGGGGGUUGCAUGUGAACCAAUGCAGUAACUGUCUGAUCUGUUUAUGUUUAUAUUCUGGCUUCUGCUGCAAGAGGCCUUGAAGUAGACCAAAUAACUUAAAAGCGAAAAAUACCCAUUUCUCACAUUUCUGUCAUGGUAUAAGGUGUUUAUAACUAUCCUUCCUUCUCUCUUUCCUUAUUUUUCUUCAUUCAAUGUCCAAGUUGCCUUUCUUUACUUUCUCAGCUGUUUCCUUUUUUGAUUUUUGUACCGGUUAUUUGUGCUGUGCUCUUGCUCUGCUCUGGCGCCUCCUGGUGGAACCCAGAGGAACCAGUGAGUCCCACACCAGGUGGGAAAGGGAAAGGUACUGAACCCUGAAGUAAAGAUGGAUUUUUUUUUUGUACUUGUCCAUGUCUGUUUUCAUUCACAUUUUUUUAAAAAAAAAUGUUUGCUAAUUGUUGUAUUAAAACGAGGGUUGGAAAGCCCAAAGAAA